AUGGGGCCCGCCGGGCCCAGAUCUGGGCGGGGUCACGACGACGGCCACCCAGCACCACCACGCCGCCCUGCCGCCAAGGAGCGGCGCCGACACCACGCCUGCUGCCGGCCGCCGCCGCAGGGCAGCCGGACCGCAGCCAUGCCGAGCUGCACCGCCGCCGCCUCCCUGCCCCGGGAAGGGAGCACACGCGCGGGGGAAAGGGAAGGCCCGCCGCCGCCGGAACCACCCGGGCCAGCGCCGGGGGCGACCGCCGGCGGCGGCGAGAGGAAAAGGGGGAGGAGGGGGCCCGCGGAAGAGGGGCACGAGCUCCUCCCCGGCCACCUCCCGGGGAGGCGGCGCGAGGCGGUUCCCCCUCCCCACCUCCCGCCGCCGCCGGCCCCGCGCCCCACCUCUGCCCCCGUACAACACCAGGUUGCGGCGACGCUUGCGCUCCAACCUGUCCAUGAAGCGUUGGACAUGGCGUUGUUGCUACACUAG